AUGUCGCCGCGAGCAACAUCGGUGACUCGGACCUUCCGAUCCCUAGGCUUGGCCGCCCUGGCCUUUGCGAACUCCAUUGCCGCUACCGAGACCGACCUCCUCUCCGUUCUCUCUAGACAGGAUAACCUCACCACGUUCCUCGAUCUCGUUAAGGAUCACCCGGACAUCUAUAACAUUUUACCCACCGACACAGGUGUUACUAUCAUCGCCCCGAAUGAUGCCGCCUUCGUCAAAGGCGCCGGUUGGGAUCAAGAUGAACAGAGAAUCCCCGUCUGGCUCACCUAUGGCAUUCUCGACGACGUUGUCAACUUGGGUAAUCUCGAACCCGGUGAUACCAUCAGCCUCAGCACGCUUCUCAAUAGCCCUGCCCACGCCAACGUCACCGGAGGCCAGAAAGUCUUUGUCACCGUGCAGCCUGGUGGUGAGGUGAUCCUCAGUUCCGGCAGUGGCACCCACGUUACCGUUGUCGGCCUCGAUAUCCCCUUCGACGGCGGCGUCGUUCAGAUCACCGAGUCCCUCAUGGUCACCCCGACCCGUCUCGAACACUCCAUCCGCAAUUCCUAUACCGACCUCAGCGCUUUCCUCGGUGCGCUCUACGCCGCCGACCUUGUUCAGGAAUUUGCCGAGACCCCCAACGCCACCAUCCUCGCCCCUCAUAACCACGCUUUCCAGCGCUUCGCCGGCACCUUCGAGGAUAUGGACCAGGACGAGCUCCGCCGCGUCUUGCGCUAUCACCUCGUCCCCGAUGCCAUGCUGCGCGCCUCGGAUCUGCUCAACAAUACGAACGUUGCCACGGGCGCCGAGGACGGCGAGAAGGUAUACAUUACGCGCUUCAUCAACGACAUUUACGUAAACACGGCGAAGAUCAUCCAGACCGAUCUUCUCGUUGCCAACGGCAUCAUUCAGAUGAUCGAUAGCGUGCUCAACGUCGAUGAACACGAUGCUCGUCCGGACGUGACCCGAUCCGCCCAAGUCCCCGUCUUCACCGCUACCGGACAGACCGCCGCCGGUACCGCCGCCGCCAUACCUUUCACUUCGGCACUACCCUGCACGGCAAGCUGUGUCUUGUCGUCGAGCUACCAACCUACGGGCACAGCCGAGAGUGAAGCCACAUCGACGAUUAGCGACAAUGCCGCCGUACCGACAGGCCUUCCAGUCGGACUGGGCAUGGGUGUCGCCGCUGCCGGACUUGUCGGAAUGGGUCUCCUGGGAGUUGUAUAA